AUGGAGGUUUUUCAACCAAUUACGCGUCCUGCAGAAUAUAUAGGGUCGUUCCUUGUCUCAGGCAAAGGACAUCAUGAACGUGCGGAGAUUGUCCGUCAGAAGUUGGAGGCUGCUCGUAAAUAUACCCAUAGCAAACCAAUCACGUUACUCAUAUCGCUAAGCGGAGUUAAAGUCUGCCAUGAAAACAAUGAGCGAGUUUAUAUGGCUCAUGCACUUCGUCGUAUAUCAUAUGCCACAUGUGACCCAGACAAUUUUCAGUUUGCUUUCCUUGCUAGGGAACCAAAAGCUCAACCCAAUAUUCAGUACUGUCAUGCGUUCGUCACAGCAACACCUGAAGCGGCAGAAGAACUUAAUACAAUAAUGGGGGAAGCUUUUCGUUUGGCAUAUGCCCAACAACGCCUUAAUGCAGCCUCUAAUAAUCCGAAUUUGUUUCAGCCGUCCACUAUAAGUUCAUCAUUAUUUCAGGCUCAGCAAACUCCUGUAAAUGUUACUCGUUCCGUUUCCACAGGUCAAAAUGUCCCGGUCAACCUCAACUCUCCAAAUCAAGGUGCACAAACUGUCAGUACAAAUCCCAGCAAUGAUAGCCAAAUAAUCAUGUCCAGUAAACCUUUACCACCUUUACCAGAAACUGAACAGUGUGUGGCUGCAUGUGAUGAGGAGAACAUUCAGUCGAAUGUUGGCAACGUCACUGAUAAACAACGAGGAAAUAAAGCUCACAAACAUAAACACCACAAACAUCAUCAUCGUCAUAAAUUACGGGAUGCGACAACAAGCACAAGUGAACAAGCUGUUGGAGUUGGUGAUUCUGUUGAGGCAGUAGUACAAAAAAGCGGUGAAAUGGAAAGGUUUGUAGAGAAGAAUGAACAGUUGAAACCACCACCUCCUCCUCCGCGUUGUCAGUCAUCUGUGACACCAUCAGCUCAAGGUCAAGUUCUAAACACUGCAUCAUCUACUACAAAUCACAUGAACCAGGAUGUUGAUUCAGGGAAUUCAGGUGUUAAACGUAAUGAAACUGUUUCAAACAAAAGUGUAGAGAAUGUUAACGAUGCUCCACCAUUGAGGCCUAAGUCUGUGAAUACUCAAUUAUCACAACAUUUUUAUGAUAUGGCUGAUCAUCGAAGUUGUGGCGGUAUUUCAUUCGACAAAGAAACUCUUACCACCAAUGAUGAAAAAGACAUUCAAGAAUGUAAUCCUGAAUUCACUACUGAUAGUGUUCUUGCCAAUACGUCUACAGCGACAACAACAUCUUCAUCAACUACUGGCUGUUCAACUGCAACAUCUGGCUCAGGUUGUUUAGGCUCAGGUUCUGAUAACAGUUUACCAGCUGAUGAUGUCAAUGAAUUGUCGCAUGCACCUUGGUACCUUCCAAAUCUACCACGUGAUAAAGCCUUGGAAAUGCUUGCCAAACAACCCCCUGGCAGCUUUGUUGUACGAGAUAGUGGAAGUCAUCCAAAUAGUUAUGCCUUGUCAGUACGGUCCAGUAGUGAUCAUUCAGUCGGUAGUUGUUUCCAUUCCAGACAAUCACAGGUUCCAAUAAGUCGAAUGAAAGAUGUGCAUCCUUCAUUGGGAUCAGUCUAUCCAUCCUCUGCCAGUGGAAUAAGUCAUUUUCUGAUUCAAAAGACACCAGGAGGCGGUGUCAAGCUUAAAGGUUUAGACAAAGAAUGGCCAUCUCUUGCUUGUCUUGUACUACAUUUAACUGUGAUGCCUGAAAUGCUACCUUGUCCACUAAGACUGCCAAGAGCAACGGCUAAUCCCACCUUUUCACCUGUUGAUCAUUGUGGUAAUACAGAUUUCGAGAAGCCUCCAAAUGUUACACCAUCACAUUUUCGUCCAAUGGGUGGUAAUAGUGCUUUACACCGUGGGACAGAUACAAUUUCACUCGAUGAAGCUUUAGCUCGUAUGACUGACGAAGAUGAAGAUUAUCAAAGAUUGUCUGAUUUCUCUUCCAUUAUGGCUGAUUUGAAACUGCAGCCUAGAAAUAUGAUUAGAAAACAGAAAAAUUCAUCUUCUAAAUCCGGUGGUCGAGCUAGGUAG